AUGACUGAAAAACCCAGUAUGUCUGACCUGAACUGCUGCACAGACCACGAUGGCUUGCUUUUCUCAUUUAAUAAAACCAAUCAGUCGCUGGAGGAUUUCCUGAAAUCUUUUAUUUUUCCUGGCACUGAAGUACAUAGCGAUGGAUUCAAAGUUACCAGGAUCUCAAUCUCUAUUGUCUACUUUAUGGUUUGUGCUUUGGGUCUGGUGGGCAAUCUUUUGGUCCUCUACCUGCUCCAGUCCAGAUACGCUAAGAAAAAGUCCACCAUGACUAUCCUGGUCAUGGGUUUGGCAGUGACAGACUUUCAAUUUGUGCUGACAUUGCCUUUCUGGGCAAUGGACACUGCCAUGGACUUCAGCUGGCCCUUUGGCAAGGUCAUGUGUAAGGUGGUCUCCUCGGUUACAGUGAUGAACAUGUAUGCCAGUGUUUUCUUCCUAACCAUCAUGAGCAUCACCAGAUACUGCUCCGUGUCCCAAUCACUAAAGAUGAAGAAACAUUCGGCUGGAUGCUCCGACAAGUUAAUCUGCCUCUCCAUCUGGAUUGUGGCUGGUGUUGCAACCCUCCCCCAUGCAAUCUAUUCCACCACGGUUGUGUUGGCUGACGAAGAGCUGUGCAUUGUCAAGUUUCCAGACCUUCACAAUGAUGCCCAGUUUUGGUUGGGGCUCUACCAACUCUUAAAGGUCUUGGCCGGCUUCAUCCUACCUUUGAUCAUCAUCUCCGUGUGCUACAUCCUGUUGCUCCGCUUUGUAAACAGGAAGAAAAUGAGCAGCAGCAACCCAAAGAGAUCAUCCAAGGUCACCAAGUCUGUCACCAUUGUCGUGCUGUCCUUCUUCAUUUGCUGGCUGCCUAACCAAGCCAUCACUGUUUGGAGUGCCUUCAUCAAGUUGAACGUGGUCCAUUUUACAGGUGCCUUUUACACCACCCAGGCCUACAUUUUCCCCAUCACAGUCUGCCUUGCUCACAGUAACAGCUGCCUCAACCCUAUCUUGUACUGUCUGAUGAGAAGGGAGUUUCGAGCAGCACUUCAAGAGUUGUUCCUGAAAGUGACUCCCAUCAGGCUGAUCCGUCCUUUGCUGUCGAGCCUGGUACCCAGCAAGCAAGCACAGAUGCCAGUGGUCAUCUCCAUGUCAAAGUAA